AUGUACACUUCUUUUGGCACCUCUUGUACUUCUUCUAAACCGUUAGCUCAGUAUCGACCUGUAGAUGUCAAUCUUCAUGUGUUGCUAGAUUUUUUUCUUCUUCUUUCAUGCCUUCUCCACCCUGUUUUAUUCUGUGUGCCUCUCCUUUCUUUUUCCUCCCACUGCUUGUGCUUUGUUUGUAUUUUUAUAUAUUUAUGCUUCUAUGCAUAUAUGUUUGUCCGCCAACGGGCAUCCUAUUUGCUACCUUUCUCCUCUGUUUUCUUGCUCUUCGCUCGCUCGCUUGCUCUGAGCUACUCUGUUGGGUUGAAUCACCUUAACUUUGUUUUUCCUUUUUCCUCUUGCUAUUCCAACCUUGAGAAUCGUCAUUUCUUAGUAUUGCUGUUGUUGCUUGUGCAUGUUGUGCUUCCCCAACAUGCACGUGUGCUCCGCGUCGCUUCCCUUCAGUAUGGGUGUGUGUGUGUGUGGUGGGGAAGUGUUGAGCUAGCGCUUUACUUCUUCUCCAGAGAGAGAGCGAGAGGUAAAAGAAAGCCACACGAACUUGUAACGGAGAAGUGUGAGGGAGUCAUGCUUUUUUUUCCUCCUUUUUUGUUUCAACGGUGGUGCGCCUCCUGCUGCACCUUUUGA